CUCUCUCUCUUUCUCUCUCUCAUUUCAAUCCCCUUCCUGCAGAUCUACGAUUUCACUGAGCUGCGGGGCUCGAUCGAUAAUAUCUUACUGUCUGGAACUUGGCUUCGUAAAUUUCAUCGCGUGAAGAUCUGGAAAUGUCGGCAAAAACAGUUAAAGUGAGCAAUAUAUCCUUGUUAGCAUCUCAGCAAGAUGUUAGAGAAUUCUUCUCAUUUUCUGGAGAUAUUGUUUAUGUUGAAAUGCAGAGUGAGCCUGAUGGAUCUUGGCUUGCAUAUGUAACAUUCAAAGAUACACAAGGAGCAGACACUGCUGUACUUCUCUCUGGUGCAACUAUUGCUGAUCGUGUUGUAACAGUAACAUAUGCGGACAAUUACAAGUUACCACCUGAAGCUUGCCAAACAACUACGAUUGCCUUGGAGGAUUCUACUGUCAAGAGAGCAGAAGAUAUUGUAAGCAGCAUGAUAGCCAAGAGCCUUGUCCUUGGAAAAGAUGCUCUCCAUUCAGCUAAAUCCUUUGAUGAAAACCACCACAUCAUAUCAACCGCAACAGCAACGGUGGCCUCCAUCGAUCGCCGAUUUGGUCUGAGCGAGAAAAUCAGCAUGGGAACAGCCAUGGUGAAUGAGAAGAUGCUUGAGGUGGAUAAGCGAUACCAAGUGUCAGAAAUGACAAGAUCAGCCAUUGCUGCUGCUGAGCAGAAGGCAAGCACUGCAAGCUCUGCAGUAAUGGGAAACCACUAUGUGUCGACCGGCGCAUCAUGGAUAUCAAAUGCCUUAAAUCGAGUCGCCAGAGCAGCUGAGGAUGUGACUUUGAUGACCCGCGAGAAGGUGGAGAAGGUCGAGGAUGAGAAGAAUGAGAUCAUUUACAGGGAGAGGAAGGAGAUGGUGAGUGAAUUUGUACAGUUUCACUUGGAUGAUUCUUUUGGGGAGCCUGCAACUGUUCCUGUAGCCUCUGCUGAUGAACACAAUAUAGGUAGAGUAUAAGAUUGUUUUUGUUUUCUCUUCAUCAAUCAUCAUUCUUUAUAUAGUUUUCUUCCUUUGUUGUUAUUAUAUGUUACUCUGGCAAUUCAUUACCACUGGAAGCAGUUUAUUAGCUUUCAGUAUUAUCAAUUGUGUACCAUAAAAUUGGGUCUAGACUUGUUCCUUUUUCUGCUGUUGUGAUUCAGGAAAUUCAAAUGUAUUAGAUUGGAUAGAUUUCUACAAAUCAAAUGGGAUUUUUGCGAGCUAU